AUGCCAUUCAUUGCUGCAUCACAGACUACUCCAAAGCAACGGACCGUCAAAGUCUCUGCGAUUGUUGACUACGUCUGUCAACACGCGUUUGCCGAUGGUCUCGACGAGGAAGCUCUAGAGACUGUCGUACACAUUGCGACAAGGAAGUCAGAAUUAGAUCAGACGAGUGUUACAACGUUGAUCAAAAACCUGUACCCCGCGCAGCAGGUAGCCGGCGAUGUGAUCGUCACUAUAGUAGCCGCACUAGGUCAGGGUAAAGGUAAACCAUCACCAGCCACGCAAGACAGCCUCGUAAGGUGGCUCGUGCUCGUACACGAGAUCAUUGAGGAUGCCAACAUUCUCUCUAGACUGUAUGGUGUCCUAUUUGGGAUGUUGGACACGAUCAGUAUCAGAACAUCACUGUGCCAUCUGCUGUCUUUGAUCACACGUAGGAAACAUGUGAAACCCUUCAGAAUCCAGCAACUUCUCGAUUUGUCCCGCGGCCUUGGAAACGAACCUGCCCUUCAAGGCCUUCUCCGCGUUUACAAGGACUACUACCCAGACAUUAUUCUUGGAAUCGCGUCCACGAACCGGAAGUCGUUCGCACCGCAACCUGACAUAGAGUGGCGAACUAGGGUGCGUACAAUCCAAGAAGCUCGCACCGCGGCAGCCGACUCCACAAUUGGACGGCAUGAUGGCUUCAAGGUUCUUCGACGCGGACCAAAGCGAACAAAAGCAUCGGUGUUGCCCGAUGUCCAUAGUUAUCACUCUGUUGAGAGCUCUGUGACACUAGAAGGUAUCGAUGGCGUCGAGGCCUUUGUAGGAAAGCUUGACAGGAUCGAGCCUCCUGGGCAACUCAUCUCUUUUCUCACAGACCCACUUCUGCAGAAAUAUGUUGAAUUGAAGCCGUCACCAGUUUUAUCCACGAGAAUAGACCUAUGGCUCGCGACAUGUCUCGAAGAGCAACUCAGUGCUGCAGCUUCGAAGGCCGAGGAUACUGCUUUCUUGGCCGAAUUGCUUCACGGUCUUUUGCAUCAUGCACGGUAUACUAAGGGGCUGCUGUCCAUUGUCCCAGCCUUCAUGAAAGAGUACCUUGCGGGUUGGAAUGGUUACGACCACGUCGAUGUUAUCCUAGGUCUACUUGCCUACAUCCCAGGAGACUCCUUCGAAGAUGUUCAUGCGGAGUACAUCUCUCAAGCAGAGCGCGUGCUGUUGAGUAGCGGCCCAUCAUCGUACCCUUAUCUGGCCAAUUUCUACACAGAUAUGCUGCGUCAUCGCAUUACCAACCUUGCCGUGCAAGAGCCUGAGCGUCGUCAACCUGCGCUCAGCUCACCUGGGCAGCAGUUUCUGAAAGAUUCGGUCUCACAUUUCGCAACACUGUCGACUUCUCUGCUUCUGUCUUCAUCUUCAGAGAUGGAAACUGAAGUCGUUUCCUCCAUUCUCGUCUACUGGGAACUGCUUUCCGCAUCUUCCAAGCCGCACGUCAUCCCGAUUUCGCUUCCACCAAUGCAUCUUGUUUAUCAUAUGAUGCAAAGUCCAUCGGCUGAUGUAGUGUCCCGAAUCUGCGGCAUCAUCGGUAGUUACAAGCAGGCUUUCGACGCGCACCCCAGGCCGGUCAAGUACUACUAUCCAAGCGAGGUGACAGACGGGCUCAACUGGUGCUUGCGCGAUGUCUACAACCUCUUCUGGGUAGCUCGUGGUCUCGCAGUCGCGGAAAAUAAGUCCCUUGGGAUGCAUUGUACACCGUCACUACGCUCAUCGCUUAACGACUAUCUAAAAGGUCUGAAUCACGAACACGCCAUCGGACAUGCUUUCAAUCUGUCAAACAACGCGUGGCUUGCAUCGAUGUCUUCUGCAGCAUGGCGUGCACUCGAGAAUCGAGAGAUCAACAAGGAAGGGUAUGAUCUGGCUAGUAUUAAGCGGCAUGCAGGCCCUGUAAGUCAGCAGAGCUUGGCAUCUCUGAGGGAAGGGGGUGUCAACGUAGAAUGGGAUGGCGCCAGUGGAUACAAAGUGUUUGUACUGAACUGGCUGGCCGAGCGCGGACUGGGAGGGUUGAGGGAGCUAAUGUUUGCUACUGUCACGGAUCUCAAAGCAGGGCAAGCAAGUAACACAUAGCGCAAUGAAUGGACGUCGAGCAUAACAGGCUAUCUUCUUGUGUUUGAUAAGCCUUCAUCAACUCUGC